GGUGGGAGAGAGCGCUGCUGAGGUGACCGCAGCGCCACGAAAUGGCGGCCCACGGCCUCGACCCCCAGGAGACAUAGAGCCUCCCGCUUCACCCCAGGGCCGCUUUACUCGUUAGCACAGUGCUAGCCCUGGCUCAGGCCUCAGGGGCUACCGGGGAGCGGGCACUGCGGUAAGAGCUCCGUGAGGCGUGGAGGUGUUGCUAGGUUUAAAAAUGUCUGACCAAAAAAGUAUUGUACACAGAGCCCAUUGUAUUGAAAAGCUGUUAUCUGAGAACAAUUUCCAAGAUAUGGAGGUUCACCUUAAAGAACUUGAAGGUGCUGAUAUGACUAUCGAAUACCUUCAGGGGACAGAAGUUGCCAGGGCUGUAUACAGAGUACUCAAAAGCUGCCCUUCAGUAGAGGUGAAAAAGAAAGCAAAGCAGUUAUUGUCAAGAUGGAAAGCACUUUACAAGAAUAACUGCGUUCGGUCAAUGCAAGUUAAAAAGCCAGUUUCUGCACAUGUGAAAACAGAAAUUGAACAUCUCAUUGUGGUUCCUAGAGAGCAGUUGCUGUCUGAAGGACCCCAUCAGCAGGAGACAUUAGAUGCUAGUAGUUCUAAAAUUUUGGACUCAUCACAAACUGUUAAGAAUCUGAUAUGUAACAACACAGAGAGCAGCGUGGAUCAGCUUUCUUCUUCUGAGGAACAACAUGCUUGUAAUGAAGAUUCUAAACCUCCUGUUAACAAAGCAAGUCUGCAGCAGGAUGCAACAAGAGCUCUGAGAUGCAAGUGUACGGAUCUUCUUUAUACAGCUUUGACUGGUUCUGCCAAAGACAAAGAAGCAGCUGAUAAAUGGCUAGAACUAGCUAAAGAAAUCGAAGAACAUGUUUUUGUGCUCCAUGCUAAAAAUGAGAAAAAGUAUAAAAGUUGCAUCAGAAGCAAAAUCUCUAACCUGAAGAACCCUAAAAGUUGCCACUUAAAACACAACCUUUUUUCAGGAACGUUGAGUCCAAAGGCUUUUGCUGAGAUGACAGUGAUGGAAAUGGCCAGUGAUGAACUGAAACAGCUCAGGGCUGUAUACACACAGUCAUCUGUUCAGGAACAUCAGCUUCCACAAGUUAUUAAUGGUACACAGACUAACAAAAUAAAAUGUAGGCGCUGUGAAAAAUUUAAUUGCACUGUCACCGUGAUUGCCAGAGGCACUCUCUUUCUUCCAGGUUGGGUGCGAAACACAAAUCCAGAUGAACAAAUGUUGACUUACGUUAUUUGUAAUGAAUGUGGAGAGCAGUGGUAUCACAGCAGAUGGAAUUGUUUCUAGUGCUAUGCCUCACUAAUGAGUGGUUUAGAAACAUAAAUAUGAUAAGGUGCCUGUGUUGAAACUGUGUAAUAUAAAAUCCUGUACUGAUACUAUGUACAUGCUGCCACUUAAAAGUGCAAAAUGCAUUUUAAACAGUUGCUAUUAUUUUUGAAAGGGACUUGAUAUUUUUUAGUAAUAUCAAUAUGUAUAUAAAUACAAGAAUAAAAGGAAAAAAAUGGUAACACUGUAUCUGACAAAUACUCACUAGUAAUUCCUUUUAAAAUAUUGCAAAUGCUGCGUUUUUUUCCCACAAGGUACUUAGUACUUAGAAUUUU